CUUUGAACUCCUUCUGUAUUUGGAGUUGGUGCUCACUCUGAGAGCACACCGAAAUUGUUCGUAACAUAUUGCAAGGCCAAAAGCGUAAUUCCCAUAAAAUUUGGAUAGGAUAAACAAGACCUCCACGAUUCACAUUUCAUCCCCAAAUUACAGAAACCCAAAAAAGGUCAUUGAAAAUUGAAAUAGCUUAGAAUAUUUUCUUUGGAGCUCAACAAUGGCCGCUGCACUCUCCCUGUGUUCCACCCUCACUCCAAAGCUUUCCAACAGUCGAGCCGCGGCGCCAUUUUCUCACACAAGGAACAAUCUCACCUUUAUCCCCCACACUCUCUCCUCCCUGACACUCACGACGCUCAAACGGCCCUCGUUGUCCUUCACCGCGAAAUUGACGAGCUCGGAGAGCGCGGUUUCUGCGAGCGAGCCCGAAACCGAGAACUCGGGCCCGGAGGAUGUGCCAGAGAGUGAUCCCGCUGCGGAAAUUGCUCAGCCCAAGAGAGAGGAAGUGUUCGCUGUCGUGAUGGUGGGAUCAAGGCAGUACAUUAUGUUCCCUGGACGCUUUAUCUAUAUACAGAGGCUCAAAGGCGCCAGUGUGAAUGAUAAGAUCAUUCUGAAUAAAGUCUUGCUUGUGGGAACAAAAACGAGCGCGUACAUUGGGAAACCGCUUGUGCCAAAUGCCAGGGUAGAGGCCAUUGUUGAGGAACAAACAUUGGAUAAGAAAGUUAUCGUGUUCAAGUACAAGAAGAAGAAGAAUUACCGAAGAAAUAUUGGACACAGACAGCCUAUCACAAGAAUACGAAUUACAAGCAUCACGGGAUACCAAGACUCACCUGUUGUCACUCUUCCUCCAUCAAUGAGCGCUUAAGAAAAACGACCCAGCUUUUAUCAUAUUCGGAUUUCCUUUUUAUUUUAUUUUUUUUUUCAUUAUUUCCUUUUGGCAGGAUGGUGUUGUACACUGUUUAAUUUGAACUUUGUUGAAAAAUGAGGACUUGGCAUUUUGUAUGUAAAAAAUUAUGUAGGAGGGAUUCGAAGACAACAUUUGAUGCUCAAAUCCUACUGUUGCAAUAUUAUUCCGGGUACAAUUCUUGCAAGUAGUUCAAGAAAUCAACUGAAUAAACAUGGAAAUCUUUUUUUC